ACCAGUCAGGCGGGCGGUCACACAUAUACCCCUUGCCACUUUUCAUUUAAGCAUAAAUUAAUGCGUCACUUUAAUUCUUGCUGAUUCCAGUCUCAAAAUAUAACAACAAAAAAAAAAUAAACAAGAUCAGUACGAUUAACUCUAUUAAAGAGAGUUUGUUUAUUUACAAUUUUCUUUUUCAAAUGAAUUUUUAUUUAUUUUUGUGAAUUACUUAUUGUGUGAGCAUAGUACCUACAUAUAUUUUUAUGUACAUAGAAACAAAUAUUUAUUCUACAUAUAAAUUAAAAAAUAAAUAAAAAAUUAAAAAAUAAAAAGUUGUGGGACAAAGAUUCUCACUACAAGGCUUUCUCUCUUUUUUAAUUAUGGGGAACACAGGAAGUGCACAUAAUUUACACAGUGAAUGUGUCGAUAGCGAAUUAAAUUCUUAUUAUACACAGCAAUAUUUAAGACGAACAGGAGAGACAAAAAAUAAAUAUAACCAAGUGAUAUUGGGAGGAUGGUCUAGCGGUAGAAAUUUAAAUGAUUGUAAAGUCUUGCCAAAACCUACAGAUAACCUAAAGCUUAGAGCUACAACCAACGGUGCUAUUCUACAGGCGGGUGGUACAAUAAGCUUCCGCUCCAAAGAACAAUUAGAAGAAAGAACUGUUAUUUCAGGUUUGGAUCGCGAUAAGGAUCAACCUACAGCAUUUAAACCGAUGAGACGUUGUCAUACACUUAUUCUUGAUAGUCAGAACGAGUCAAUAUCUCACCGGAAAUCCGCCCCACCAACAGCAGAAUUCCGACGCUCACAAACAUUAUUACAUGUUGGUUACAAUAGAACUAAAUCUCAAGAAAAUAUUUCAACGAAUUUGGACGAUUGUAACAACCUUUAUCCGCAACCCGCAACAAGUACACCUACGGCGUCUACGUCAAAAGUUAAUAAGUACAACAAGAAACGCAAAGCUCCAGCAGCACCGACGAACACUACUUCUGGACUCAUUCCCGCAAAUCCGGGUCAAAAUGUAGCGGUCGACUCAAAGAACACUUCUCUAGCUAAACCCCGAAAAUAUGCAACAAAUAGCAAUAAGCCAACACCACAACAGCAGCAGCCACAGAACCAUAAACCCCAGCAACAUACAACACCCUUACAACGUGGAUCUAAUACCCGAACAUCAAUUAAUUCUUUAGUGCCAAAUCAUCAAUCAAAUAUAGGUUUCACUAGCAAAUUACCCUACCGAAGAGAGAAAAGUUUUGAUGCAGUGCUGUUAAGACAAAAAGAGAGUAAUGAAGAUUACACUGACAGAACGAGGACUUCUCUUCAAAGGCCGAACAUACUUAAGAAACGAGGUCUUUCUACUCAGCCGGUUAGUAAUAAAUUGGAAGAAAAUGCACAUCGAAAUGUAGUUGAUACUGUUAUUGAAAAGAAAAAGCCUACAAGACAACAAACCAAUGUCACUUCAAAUAAAAUGCAUAUUACCACUACAAAUACUCACUGUUUAGAUAAGAACUAUCCACGAGAAAUUAAAAAAAUCGAAGAAAGAACUCUACAAGGUGAGUGUAAUAAUUUGAACGUUAACAGCGAUAUUCGAUUGAAAAUGAAACACGAGAGCGAAACUGAUAGUCCAUCAUCAUUAAAUAAAAGAAAAACUAAAACUCAACAGUCACGUAUACCUCAGCUAAAACGAACAUUUUAUUUUGGAAUGGAAACAACAAAUAAAAGCUUAAAUUCAGAUAUUUCUAUCACUCAAAAGGUACCUUGUAGAAAUGAAGAAAAACCGGUCGAAGAAGACAAUAUAGUGCUAUUAAAUCACAACAUCGAAGAUGAAGAAGAAAUUGUGGACAAUGGUAUAUUAGUGCAUGUUCGCCCUACCCUACCUAGAAGACAACCUGAAACACCUAGUUUUAGUCCAGCUGCUGCUUGGCGCAACCUUUUGGAGGAACAACAACGUUUGCAACAUGAACGUUCCAAACCUAAAAACGUUAUAAAUAACCAUGUAAUUGAAUCGCCUAUUUGUCUUCCAACUAAGCUCAAGGACACCGCACCACCCUUAGCAACAGACCACUGGACCCCACAGCAAGAUCUUGACGAUGAUGACGAGGAAGAACAUUAUGACUUAGACGAUAAAUGCAAAACCACAAAACUGUCUGAUAACAUAAACAUAGAAAGUCAUAAACAUCCAAAUUCGAUGCACAUUUUUAGUUUAUCUUUGCCCCGAGACGUUCAUUUACAAUGCCAAAAGUCUUCAAUGAAUUACAUGGAACAAGAAAAUAGUCUAAAGGCUGCCAACUGUUGGUUGGUACCGGGCUUUAACAGUUUGCAAAAAUUUAAAAGUCACUUGGGUAAAAACUUAGUAGACUCACGCACCAACAGUAAAUGUACCUGUGCUGCAAAAUCAGCAAACAAACGCAAUAGUUACCAUCUGCAAACAAUUUUUGGUGACACAUUUUCUGUCGACUCAAAAAGUCAUCAACCAGAUUGUGAUCUUUUCAAAACAACAACUAAGUCAACUAGCUAUCAUAAUGAUAAUUGGGUCCUGCACAAAUCGAAAACAAAUGAUACAGCACUAUCUGCUAUCCCUAAAACUUCUGAUGACAAUUGCUUUAAUUCGUCCAUGACAACGCACUCAUUGGCACAGUUACAACCGAAAUCAUUGACCAAUGUAUGUGGGGGUAAACAUAUUGUGUACCUUCCUGGGCAGAACACUAUUAACGGCUUAAUUAAAAGUCCCAAAUCAAAUACAAAACAAACAAAGACUUCCAAGACCACAUAUAAGCGCCAACGUCAGCGGCAGGAAAUGGUUAGAGAAAGUCUACAAGAUCUAACACCAAUACAGAAUAUGCCACAGAGUAAUGUUGGGGUGCCAGAAAAGAACACACAUCGCUUUAGCUUUCAAAGUACUGUACGUGUUUUGGAAAAGCGUAGAUUAGCUGAGAAAUUGUCCAAAGACGCGGAAAUACAAGAAGCACAACGACUCAAUGAAUUAGAAGCUAUGAAAAGAGUUGAAGAGGAUUUCCAAAGGAAAAGGGCUCCGGAAAAGGCGAACUUAAGAAACCAACUUAGGCUUCACCUUAAGGCUAAUACUGAAAAUGAGGAAUAUAGAAGUUUGCCUCUUAAUAUAAAUGAUAGAUAUAAUAACCACAAUACUCAAACUCUAAAUCAACAUAUUUCUGAUGUUAAUAAUAAUUUAUAUUGUAGAGCUGAACCCGAUGGUGCCGUUUCACCUUCUCUGGAUUUUAAGGAUAACUUGGACAAAGUGAGACAUUCGAAUUUUCCUCUAUCAUCUAAAAAAAAUUCGAAGGAUUUGGGACGUUUUGACUCUGAUGGUGAAGAAAGUGAAACUCAGAUGCCAGAUUUGCGGUGUACUGCAUUACUUAUUGAACCCUACCUGCACUCUAUUAUUUGAGAAAAUACAAAAUGCCUAUUCGAAAUAGGUAAUAUUACUUAGUCACAAGGGGCGUUUUAUUUGUAGUGUUAAAGCAACCCUGAAUGUACUUAUUUAAUGGCUUU